AUGUGGUCUUCCCACCUUCCCUCCUGUGCUGAGCAGGGUGGUGGCAGGAGAGGACGUCACACCUCACAGCUGGCCCUGGCAGGGUGUUGGAGGGAGAUUUUAGUCCAUUUCAGUGCAUCUCAUCCAUCCGGCACAGCGACGCACAAUGUCCUCUCACUGUGCUCUGCUCAGAUCUCACUCCAGUCAGACAGCAGUGGGCGCUGGAGGCACGUCUGUGGAGGCACCCUCAUCUCCUCUGACUGGGUCCUCACCGCUGCACACUGCAUCAAUGACCGCUACAACUACAGAGUGGAGCUGGGUAAACACAGCCUGAAGGCGAGUGAGGAGGGCUCGAUAGCUCGGAGUGCAGCCCAGAUCAUCACUCAUGAGGACUACAACAUCCUGCUCAGCCGUAACGACAUUGCCCUGAUCAAGCUGUCUUCCCCCGUCACCUUCACUGAUACAAUCAUGCCCGCCUGCCUCCCAGAGCUGGGCGUGGUCCUGCCCCACGGUGCUCCAUGCUAUGUCACCGGCUGGGGUCGACUCUCCACCAGCGGUCCUCUGGCUGACAUCCUGCAGCAGGCUCUCCUGCCAGUGGUCGGCCACGAUAUCUGCUCACAGCCCGACUGGUGGAGCGUCCUGGCAACGGACAAGAUGGUCUGUGCCGGGGGAGACGGCAUCACUGCUGGCUGUAACGGAGACUCUGGUGGCCCCCUGAACUGCCAGAACCCUGAUGGCUCCUGGGACGUCCACGGCGUGGUGAGCUUCGGUUCUGGUCAGGGCUGCAACGUCUUGCAGAAGCCCACUGUCUUUACACAAGUCAGCUCUUACAUCAGCUGGAUGAACACAGUGAGAAAUUUUUUCAUCUUCUGAUUACCUCGCCUGCAUACACACAAUGUAACCUGAAGCAAACAAAAGCCUGGGAGUUGAAAAACAGGAAGUGCAUUAUAAUUGUGUGUUCUGUUGUUCACUCUGCAGGUUAUGACCAACUACUGAAGAGGCGGUCGAAGUGCUUUUGUCAACAAUAACACCAACUAUGAUUUAUGAUGUGUUGUCUCAUUGUUUUUACUGCAAAG